GCCACUUCCGGGCGGCCUCGCUGGGGCCGCUGCGUCACUUCCGGGCGCCGCCUCACUUCCGCCUGCUCUGGCGCGGCCGCCCGGCCUGCCCCGCUGCUGCUGGCGCGGCGCCCUGCGGGGAGCGGGGGCGCUCGCAGAUGCGGAGGUCGCGGGGCUAGGGCGCAUCAUGGCGGCUCCCUGGAAGAGCGCGCUGCUCCUACUGCUGGCGUCUCAAGCUGUGUCCUCGGUGAGCUCCUCUGACGAGGAGGAGCAAGUUCCAGAAGAAUGGGUCCUUCUGCACGUCGUUCAGGGUCAGAUAGGAGCUGGGAAUUACAGCUAUUUGAGGUUAAAUCACGAGGGAAAGAUAGUUCUUCAGAUGCAGAGCUUGAAGGGCGACGCAGACCUGUACGUGUCUGACGGCACGCUCCACCCGAGCUUUGACGACUACGAGCUGCAGUCCGUCACCUGCGGCCAGGACGUCGUCUUUAUUCCAGCGCACUUCCAGCGCCCCGUGGGCAUCGGGAUCUACGGACACCCGUCUCACCACGAGAGCGAGUUUGAGAUGAAAGUGUACUACGACCGCACCGUCGAACAGCACCCGUUCGGCGAGGCCGCCUACUCGGACGGCAGCGAUCCGAGUCACAAGCACGCUUACGCUCCGGAAGAUGCGUCUCAGGAAGAGGAGUCCGUGCUCUGGACAAUACUAAUUAGUAUUUUGAAGCUGGUACUUGAAAUUCUCUUUUGAUUUCACUGCACAUACUCUGGAGUGUAAUACCUUAACCUGUGAAGUUGAUUGCGGUUCGCUGUGAACUAGCUGCUCUCCCCUGGUGAUGUGCUGGUGACGUAAAGCCAUGCCGUUGCUACCUCAGUUACCCCAAAGUAGCAAGAGCCGCGGCAUGGUGUCUGUUUUCAUUUAAAGAUCAAAGUUCCUAGAAAAGGAGUAUGAAAAAUAAAAUGUUUAAACUCCACUUUUGAUUAGUUUGCCAGGUGACUAAAAAGAUGAUUGCAGUAAUGUAGGUGUAUAUAAAAGAAAUCAAAAUAAAGCAACCUUUCAUGCA